UAACACUCAUUAUCGUUCCAAAUGAAACGCAAAAAGCAACAAUUUUUCCUCAAAAAGUUUUCGGCAUUUAUAUUGACGUAAAAAUGGCUUUAUAGUUUGUGCGCAAGCAACAAAAACAAGCACCUUGGUGCCUCAACACAACAACAAAAUGGAAUCGUAUAAAAAGCAAGCCGCCACCAUGGCAUCCUCACAACAACAAGAAUCACAGCUACAACAACCAUUCGCAUUCUACGGACCGGACUUCAUCUAUUCAAGAACAUUUUCUAUAUCGAGUUUGACAUCUGAUUUUGACACCGAAUAUGAACACAUCAUCAUUUCACCAGACAAUGGAGAGUUUGGAUCUACCGCGAGAGCUGUACUGGGAUCUGAAAAUGGAGCCCCAGUCGCCAACAUCGGCUGCGGUAGCCACCGAUCUGUUUGCGCUCACUGAGUCAACAGACGGAGUGUGGCUCUAUGAUGAUAACUUUGCAAAUGGCAUUUCACUGAUGGGAGAGGAGGAGGUUCUGGCUCUACAUGAUGAAACCUCAUUGGAUCUAUUGGGCAACGAAGAGUUGAUUGUGGAGUUUUAUGACCUGAAGGAUGAAGAAUGCCUCCUGGACCAAAAGGCCCAUCUGAACUGCAUUGACUAUGAGACAAACACCUAUGCCCCAAGUGUGGGCGAUGCAGUCGGACAGCCGAUAAUACCCAUAACCAAAGCACACUUUGCUGCUGUUUUAGCUCCAACUGUGGCUGCUGCUGAGGAGUACCAGCCCGUGGAUCCCUCAUCGAUCUUGCAGUUGACACCACCGCAGUCGCCGCCACAGUUCGAUGGCUACAAACAACAACCAGAACUGUCGCCAGCACUCGUCAAGAUCGAGCAGAAGCAAUGCUAUGCCACUGAUGCUAUUCCGGCCGCUGCACCGGCCACGCCGUUCAGCUACAACACUGGACACUGGGUGGCUGGCAGCGAGAUCGCCCGGGAGAACCAGUUGAUCGAUGACAUUGUCAACAUGAGAGCCCAGGAGCUGGAGCUGCCACCCAACUGGCAGCCGCCGAACGAUGACUGCGAAUCUCAGGCCUCGUCUUCGAUGGGCUGCAGCAGUAGCAGCAGCAGUAGCAGAGUGAGCGGCAGCAUUGCCGAUGUGGACGAGGACUGGCUGCCAGAGCAGACAAGCAGCAGCAGCUCUUCCCCAGCUCACACAUCCAUGGAGCAUACCUCGAUGGCUGCACCCAAGAAGCGCACUCGCACCUAUGGACGCGGCGUGGAGGAUCGCAAGAUCAGGAAGAAGGAGCAGAACAAGAAUGCGGCCACACGUUAUCGCCAAAAGAAGAAGAUCGAAAUGGAGAGCGUGCUGGGUGAAGAGCAGGAGCUAACCCAAGAGAACGAGGGGCUGCGUCGCACCCUGAGGGAGCGUCGUAGCGAGAUGCGUUACUUGCGGCAGUUGAUACGCGAAUUCUACCAGGAACGCAAGCGUUAGGUCUCUCUCACAUCUAAGUUUUAAAUGUCCUUUGCAAAGUUAUCGUUAUAUAAAGUUACAUUAACCCAAGCAUCCAUUCCCCUUCCCUAAAACAAACAACCAAACAAACAAACAACUUUCUAUGUACAACCAGCAAUCAUCCCAUGUCCAAGCCCCACACCAAGCAUAGAGUAGGAGUACCCAGCAGUCUGUCUUGGCCCACACUUUUUGGCACUCAUGACGAGUCCCAUGGACUCCGAAGCACCUCCUGCCAGUGUGGCCGCCAAUGACAAAAACAAGAUCAAACCCAGCAGCACAGGCCAAUGUGUCGCCUUACAGUGGCACCAAGAAUUUCGCACCCCAAAAUGAAAACCUUUUUGUGUAGUCUCAUAAGAAAAAAUAUGUAUAACCAAUGGUUCUACCCCCCCAUUCCCCUGUGCUGUGGCUGCUGUGCCAGGUACUCGUUUUGAUUAGUUUUUCCUUUCGUUUUUCUUGGGCAUUUUCUUGACAAAUGUAACGGAUAUCAUUUUUAAUUUUUUGUAACAAAUAAAUAAUUACUAUAUAUGCAGAA